UUGUAAAGGAAAAUAUAAUAAAAUAACCAUUAAAAAUUUAAUUUUCUGCUAACCACAGCGUACCUUCAUCGAGGUUACGUCCAUCACGUUCUCAUGAAUCUCUACUUCAGUCGAGUCCAAGUGUUUUGGGAAGCUUAGAUUUAUCCCAGGGAAAUGUUAAAGUCUCGGCACUGCAUCCAAGCAUUCUUGGUCAGGAUAACUGUUUUCAUUUAACUGCUGACGGCAGCACACGAUAUUAUUACUGUCAUACUGCAGCAGAAAGAGACCGAUGGGUUAAGAGUCUUAGAGGAACUAUUCAGCCAGAUCAGGAAAAUAUGAGAAGGACUGAAAAAUCUCUACACAUAUGGAUACUUGAAGUCAAAGGAGUUGCUCCUAAAAAAAAAUACUUCUGUGAAUUAUGUCUUGAUAAAACAUUAUAUGCAAGAACAUCAUCUAAACCAAAAAGUGAUAUGUGUUUUUGGGGAGAACGUUUUGAAUUAAAUAGCCUGCCAGAAUUAGAGAUGAUCACAGUAAAUCUGUACAGAGAAGCUGACAAGAAAAAGCGCAGGGAUAAAAAUGUUCUCCUGGGUAAGAUGUAAUUUUAUGUAAUUUAAAAUUGAAAGUUUUCAAUAUUUAAUUUUAUCAUGCAGAAUAAAAUGUAAUAUUUAAAAUAUUAGUUUUAUAAAAGUAUUUACGAAUCACUUAAGUUAAAAUUAUAUAGAAUUUUGUUUUGAAUAAAGGCUAUGAGAGAUUACAAUAAUAUAAACUGGUAAGAAAUAAAAAUUUUUCUUACAUCUUGAUAUGUGGAAAAGUAGCUUAACAGAUAAGUUUGUCAAUAAAUAUGUAUUUCUUGCUUUAAAAUAAUUCUAUUUGGGACAAUCU